AUGUCUACUAACCAGGAGAGAAAGCGCUCUGUAAACCGCCUGGUGCAACAAAAGUUCCGUCGCCAACGGAAGGACUAUAUCGCUCACCUCGAGAGGGAACUGGCCCUAUGUCGCGCCGGGGGUAAUGACAAGCUCGUUCAGCGACGGCAUGAAGUCACGCGGCUGCGCGAGCGCCAGAGAGAACUCGAAUCACCGAAUCCUCAUCAGACUCUCCCGCCGAUGAGAAAGUGA